AUGGCCUCCUUGGAGAGAAGGCAGCGGCCGAGGAGGCAGCGGCGGGUGGGGCGGUAUGCAGAGGGCCUGGGCGGAGAUGCUCUGGAAAUUAUGGAUUCUGUUAAAAGCUUGGACUGUGUAGAAAGACUGGCACGUAAAUACAUGCAGAAGUGCGUGGUGGAGUCCAGCACGGAGUCAGAGUCUGAAUCCAGCGUGGAGGUCUUGCAUAACCCACUUGCUGAAGGACUCAGGAAGGCAAGAGACUCCAAGGGACUGCAAUUCUUAGAUCCUUAUGAUGGUGAUUCAGAAGACACAGCCACUCACUCUGAUUGUAGCUUGAGUUCUCUGAACAGUAUAGAAGUUGCACCGUGGAUGAGCAGUGCUCCAAAAGCAAUGGCUUUCGAGGAUGCUGAUCCUUCAGGGAAUGGAGAGUCCUUCCCUCAACCUCUGGACUGCUCAGAAACUAAAAUCAGUGAUGUUUACAGCCAGAGAGUAAAUGAUGGCAAAUCUCCCCUUGAACUACCUAGCCAGCAGAAGGAUUUCCCAAGAAGCCUGCUGCAAUCCUCUAAGCUGAGGAGAGACACAGAAGUGCUUCCCUCCAUGUGGUUGAUGCCUGACCCUUCCUUACUAGUGGGUGUUAAUCCUUCAGCCCCUGCUCAUCUCCUUGCAAGUGCAGGUGAUAAUUCUCCACAACCCCUGCUAGCAGAUGACUGUGAUGGCACCGCUUCCAGACAACCACUUAUUAAAAGAAAAGGGAUCACCAUUUCCGAGAGCGCUGGUGAGAAACGAAGAAAGAAAAUCCGGGCCAUUUGAUUUAAGGUAUGAAUUAAGUAGUUGGAUGAAGUCUUUCAUUCUAGAAGUCAACCUGCUAGGUUUCUUUUGCAAAAGCACCUGAACAAGACUUCAGAUGAUGAUACCAACACAGCUGCUCUGAGAUCCAUCUUGAAGGAUGCAACCAACUAAACAAGCUUGUGUGGCAAUUUAAAUGAGAAUUAGAUGAGCUUUUUCCAGACCCAGCUGAGAUUGAUGCUUGUGUGCUACUUCAGUGUCUGGGCACCAGAUUCCUGUGUGCUGUGUCUGGAAACAUCUGUUCAGCUUUGCAAGUAUUACAAAGGUAUGUUGAGGAGGGAAGGAAGAACGACUGAAUUGCAAUUGAUUUUACAUAGCUGUUGCUCUUUGUGUUUUUCAUCUGCUGUCUCUAUUUUCCACACAAAUGGACUACGUUCCCAGAAGUAUAACUGUCUGAAAUAUUUUGGUACCAACUAGCUGUGAAAGCAUUCAUUCUGUAUGACUGGCACAAAAUAACAUACAGAUUUUCCUAAAACUACUAAUAAAGGUGGAAAACCCCUUGCAAACUACAAGCUUAGUAGUAUUUUACCAUUCCACUAACCUUUGCAUGAUAACUUUUCACAUGCAUCUCUGAUCGCUUCUUGGCCCAAACAAAAAUGAAAUGGGAGCCUUCAGCCACCAUAAAAGCAGCUUAAGAGGAAUGCCUCUUUUUUCUGCUAGCCUCCUCCAUGGGAAUGUUUCUAUGCUUUAGUCACAUAACUAGCUGAGAGAGCCCUGUGAAGAGCAGCACGAAGCCUGAAUACCAGGUUAUUAAUUGUUAUUCCCUGGAAAGACUGUAGAUACAGUUCUUCAGAUGAAAGUCACCAUAAUAAUUCCAGGCAGUCAGAAAUCUUGCUAUGGGUUUUAUUUCCUGUAAUACUACCAGCAAAUCUGCUUGUCAGUAACCAUCUAAAAAUCUCAUCUGGUAUUCCUUCAAACAAACCAAGCCCAGCAGCUUUCAAACCACCGCUCCCCUCUUCUUCCGAUUCAACUUCACACAAAACCACCUGACAACCUAUCCACAUCAACUACAUCUAGAGGAGGAAUACACAAAACAGUGACACUUAUUACAGUAUUGCCAAUCUGUAAGCUUUUCACUCAGUGCAGAGAACAGCAACACCGCGCUCGUAGAAACUACGUGGAUCUUCCUUGGUAGCAAUUUCAAAAUCGACCGUGAAAAUCAGAUCAGCACGAGUGAAGUUCAGGUAAACGGGUAACGUCACCUGGGAGAAAUGUGAACACAGAAGAGUUAUGCAAGGUAGCUGGAGACGGGAAGAAGUUCCUGUGCUGCUUAGUGGUAUUUAUACGAUGUGAAUUCAGUCAAUACUUACAACAUUUGCUUUUUUAUCAGCGUUUGUCUGCUUGAUCCAACGAAGCUGUGUAAUAGGUAAUACAGUUGAAAUUGCAUUUGAAAGUGACAGCUUGUUGUUGCUGCAUGUAGCUCCUUGAAGCUUCAGGCCUGUAAAUUGAAUUGCACUUUAGAGUUCUAAGAACUUUCUUACGUCUAAGGAAAGUAAGUCUCCCUCUGCACUAUUUAAGGGCUGUGAUGUUACUCCAUCAAGGUCUGCAAAAAUAUAUUUUAAACUAGUUUCUCUGCUUUGUCCAUUAAGAGAGCAGUAAGUAUUUCAUGCCCCAAACAGAGGAGUCACAGCAGAUACUCUAUGGAAUACUGCUUAAAUAUAUACUGAUCUGCGUUUUGAUGUUUAUUACCAUGAUAAAAGAUAUUAUAAAUAGGAAAGUAUUCAACAACUUCAGAAAGUGUCCAGUAAUUCCUGUAGUGAUACGACUUUCUCAUAGGACGCCCAUUCAAAACUAGCACUUUGUGGAAGUAUUGUAGAACAGAGACCCCUCUUUCCAGAGUGAGUUUUACCUGUGACUCCAAAACUGCACGCAUCCAGCACAGCAUUCUGUGUGGUUGUAACAUUGACCUCAAGGCAGAGCUCCUCCAGGGACCAGCUGUUUGCCUGUGCAACAUACUGCCGUGUAGCAGUAAUGUAUGCCUCGGGUACAAACAGGCCACCGAGGCACACGUGGAUGUUCUAAUGGAGGAGGGAAGAGGAAAAAGAAUAGCAAUU